GCUGCGGCAGCGCGUCCAGCGGCCAUGGAGAAGGGAGCUUCGGGAGGCGGGUCUCCUUCCAUGCUUGGCCGCCGGCAAGGGGGAGAGUGGAUGGCCGGGGCAGCAGAGGCGCGUCGGCCGGCGGCGCGUCAGUCUUCCGUCGGCGACGGGUCGACUCGCGUUAGAGAAGGAGCCGAGAAGUCUCGUAUGUGAGAAGGAAGACAGACGGCCGGUAGAUACAACGUGAUUAACAGAAGGGCAGAAUGGGCAUUACGAAAAAAAAUAUUUAUUAAGUUCACUAAAUAUGCUUUAAAAUAAAAGAAAUUAUAUAAUAGUAAAGUGUAAAUGUUUCGGGCUAUAUUAUAGCGAAGUUCAUGUUUGGAGUCAUAUAAUAGCGAAGCGCAAUGUUUCGAGUCAUAUAAUCGCAAAUUUCUCGAUCAACGGCAGACCACAGUGUUUGCCCUUCCGCCGCCGGCAGUACCCACCGGUUGAUGGGUACCGGAUAUGGCUCUCCAGGCGGCGCCAGUUUCCACCGACGAGUGUUCCAUCCACCUCGACUCGACUUCAAGCGACGGUGGGCCCGGCGGGCUGCCCCCCCUGCAUGCCAUUGCCAGCGAUUGGUUGGUUCGGUCGCCGGAGCGGAAAUCCCCCCGCUCCACGGCUCCAGUCCUUCUCGGAGCGGAGGUCACCAGUGUCUCUGUGUCUGGCGGCGCCGCCGCAAGGGGCGAACGAGAUGAGCAGCAGAGCAUCAUGGCGGGGGUCCGCCGCCCCACCAGCCCAGUUCCUGGGCGCCGACGGCUGCCCGAAGCGCAGUAGAUCCGGCGGGAUCGAUCCCCAUUCCGGCUCUGACUCUGAGUGAAUCAGGAGCCCCGCUUGCGGUCCUGGCGCCGCUGCAUGGUCCAAGCAUACAAGAUGUUCUGGCAGCGAACCAGACAGGGAAGGUGAAGGCGAAGUUCCCUCCGCCGUGUCUAUCACGAUGCCGUGCGGUGCGCGCUCGCCGUCGCUACCUGCACUGUCAGCCACUGGUGGAGCUUUGGAAGUUUCUCUUGCAAAUAUUUCAGCAAAAUUCUUGACACAACUAAAGAAUGAGACAGCAUUGGCUUGCAAGACAUGAGAAUAGGAAACGACGGACCAUUCUACAACCCUGCCAACUUCUCCUCAAAUAGCAUUCUGUGCAGGCCCCAUGGUCUAGCCUUUGCUCACGUUUUUCAGCUCCAACAGAUUUGGGUCUCCCUCACACAAAAGUAAAUGGUGUUGUAUGCCAGUCAGUCAAUGUGUAUCCAACCUAAACCCACGGGAAGGGGCACUAGAAAACAUCAACAAAAUUAUAAGAAUUCACCUCACAGUAGCCUUGGGUGUUUCUGAAUCACAAUUCCCUGACAAAACCCAAGGAAGCCAUGUGCGAGCACUUCCAAAACUUUAAAUCCUGGUGAAAGCUGGUAUUAUUCGAGCUGGUGGAGACCUGCUGGGAUCGAGGAGGAGGGAAAGAGGCGAGGUGGUUAAUCAAGCGAGGAAGACCAAGAACUGUGGGGAUGACCAUGGUGGAGAGGAGGUAUGGUCCCUGUGCCAGCCAUGGCUUCUUCCUCCUACGGCUGCUGCUGCCGUUCUUGUUCUUCUUCUCCUUUCUUGAUGUGCCACCGGCCGCCGCCGCACAAUCGCCUCUACUAAACGAGACGCAAAAGGCCAUCAUGAAUGAUAUUGCGAGUCUGGUGAACUCUGAAUCCGCCAACACCAGGUGGAACGCAGUCCAGAAUCCAUGCACCUGGAAAGGAAUCAGUUGCAGAAAUUCCAGUUCUUCCUCGGUCGUCACUAGCAUCGCCUUGUCCAACUAUGGCCUCUCCAACUCCUCCAUCUUUGCCCCCCUUUGCCGUCUUGACACUUUGCGGAAUCUUGAUCUUUCCAUAAAUUUGUUCACAAAUUUGUCCCCCCAAUUCUUCGCCUCUACUUGCUCCAUGAAAGAAGGGUUGCAGUCACUUAAUCUGAGCACCAAUCAGUUGGCUAAUUCGCUCAGUGAUUUAUCCGGUUUCCCCCAGCUAGAAGUUCUUGAUUUGUCCUUCAAUUCCUUUGCCAGUACAAAUCUGAGUGCAGAAUUCGGUUCUUUCCCCAAAUUAAGGAGCUUCAACGCUAGUGCCAAUAAGUUGAAUGGUGAUGUUCCUACCAGUAUGGUCAGCUCUUUAGUGGAGUUGGUAUUGUCUCGUAAUCGGUUGAGUGGUUCAAUCCCUCCGGGCUUGUUUAAAUAUGAAAAUCUUACUCUGCUAGAUCUCAGUCAGAAUUAUAUAACUGGCACUGUCCCAGAUAACUUCACGAGUCUCCCCAAGCUCGAGACUUUGCUCCUUUCAUCCAAUAAUCUGUCUGGGGAAAUACCAGCGAGUCUGUCUAAUGUGACAACGCUGACUAGGUUUGCAGCCAACCAGAACAGUUUGAAUGGUUCGAUCCCCCCUGGAGUUACCAAAUAUGUGAAGAUGCUGGAUUUGAGUUACAAUGAGAUCAGUGGGAGGAUCCCUCCGGAUCUCUUCUUAGGUAUGAAUUUGGAGACGAUUGAUCUCACAAGCAACAAUCUUGAAGGGCACGUUGAUGCCAAGUUUUCUAGAAGUCUCGUCCGCCUUCGUCUUGGUACAAACAAUCUCAGUGGGGGAAUCCCAGACUCAAUUAGUAAUGCCUCAAAGUUAGCCUAUCUUGAGUUGGACAACAAUAAUUUGGAGGGCAAUAUCCACCCUAACCUUGGUGAGUGCAAGAACUUGACCCUUUUGAAUCUGGCAUCUAAUAUGCUACAAGGUCAAGUGCCAGAUGAGAUUGGCGACCUUAAGAAUCUGGUUGUUCUGAAGCUUCAGAUGAACAAUUUCAGUGGAUCUAUUCCAAGCACUUUUUCCAAUUUCAUAAGCCUGAAUGCAUUGAAUCUUAGUUACAACUCAUUCAGUGGGUCUAUACCAGUUGAAAUUACGAACUUACAAAAUCUUUCCAGCAUGAAUUUGCAAGCCAAUAAGAUCAGUGGUGUGAUUCCAAUUUCAAUCUCGUUGCUGAAGAAUCUAAUUGAGCUCAACCUGGGGAACAACCUGCUAACAGGCUCCAUCCCAGAAAUGCCAGCCAGCUUGAGUACAACACUUAAUCUUAGCCACAACCUUCUCAGCGGGAAUAUUCCUUCAAAUAUUGGCUAUUUAGGUGAACUAGAGAUUCUUGAUCUUUCAUACAACAACUUGUCAGGUCAGGUACCAACCUCAAUUGGGAGUCUUAAUAGCUUGACAGAGUUGAUUCUUGCUUAUAACCAACUCUCUGGGUCCCUUCCGGUACUUCCUAAACAAGCGGCAGUCAAUAUCACUGGAAAUCCUGGCCUUACAAAUACAACUAGCAAUGUGGACACUGGUAGUAAGAAAAAAAGGCACACUCUUCUAAUAAUCAUCAUUGCUCUGGCCGGUGCUCUUAUUGGAUUGUGUUUGCUUGCUGUUAUUGUUACAUUGUCGUUGUCCAAAAAGGUUUAUCGUAUUGAAAACGAACAUUCCCCAGCUGAAGAGGGUGCUGCUCAAAUCAUUAAUGGCAACUUCAUAACUAUGAACAGCACCAACACCACUGCACUUGAGUACAUGAAAGAAAAGCGGGAUGACUGGCAAAUCACACGUUUCCAAACUCUGAACUUCGAGGUUGCUGACAUACCUCAGGGACUAAUAGAGGAGAACCUCGUUGGCAGUGGUGGCUCAGGGCACGUGUACCGUGUCACAUACACCAACCGGUACAACAGCAGAACCGGGGUGGUGGCUGUGAAGCAAAUACGAAGCUUUGGGUCCCUGGACGAGAAGCUGGAGCGUGAGUUUGAGUCCGAGGCUCGCAUCCUAUGCAACAUCCGGCACAACAACAUUGUGAAGCUGCUGUGCUGCCUCUCUAGCGCAGAUUCCAAGCUCCUUGUGUAUGACUACAUGGACAAUGGCAACCUGGACAAAUGGCUCCAUGGCAACGCAAGGAAUUCUUUGGCGAUGGCAUGGCCUGUGCACCAUGUGCCGUUGGACUGGCCAACAAGGCUCUUAGUGGCUGUUGGGGCUGCGCAGGGCCUGUGCUACAUGCACCACGAGUGCUCACCACCCAUCGUUCACCGAGACGUCAAGACGAGCAAUAUCCUGCUGGACUCAGAGUUCCGGGCUAAGAUCGCAGACUUUGGGGUGGCUAGAAUGUUGGUCAGUGCAGGGGAGCCCAAUACGAUGUCUGCGGUGGCCGGAUCAUUUGGCUACAUGGCUCCAGAGUAUGCUUACACUAGGAAGGUGAACGAGAAGGUGGAUGUAUAUAGCUUUGGAGUCGUGCUCUUGGAGCUCACAACUGGCAAGAAGGCUAACGAUGGUGCCGAGCUUGGUUGUCUGGCAGAAUGGGCUCGCCACUGUUACCAAUCGGGGGCGAGCAUCCUUGAUGUCAUAGACAAGAGCAUCAGAUAUGCAGGGUAUCCUAACGAGAUUGAGACGGCGUUCAGGCUAGGCGUCAAAUGCACCAGCAUCUUGCCAUCGCCACGGCCGACUAUGAAGAACGUGCUCCAGAUUCUGCACAAGUGCAGUGAGCGGACACUCCGGAAAAGCAGAAUGGAGUGUAGCGUGGAGUUAGAAGCAGCUCCUUUCUUUCUGCCGUAGCGAGGUCUUUAUAUAUUUGCAUUCACUUUCCUUUCAUUUCGAGCCUUUGCAUUUUGUUACCAAUUUGCUUUGGAGCAAAAUCUCCAUAGAUUGACCUCCGUUGUACAAGAA